GAAAGAUCACAGGCAUUGAAACUAAAUCUGGAUUGGGGCGCCUGGGUGACUCGGUUGGUUGAGCAUCUGACUUCAGCUCAGGUCACGAUCUCACAGUUCAUGGGUUGCAAUCUCACAGUUCAUGGGUUGGUGGGUUUGAGCCCUACGUCGGGUUUUGCACUGACAGUGAGAAGCCUGCUUUAGAUUCUCUCUCUCUGGAUUAUAGUAAAUAGUAAAGCUACCUAUAAUUCUGUUAAUUUCCUCAAGUUACCAUUCCUUGAAUUUAUUUCACUACUGGUAGAGAUGGAGAUAAUAUCUGUUUCACAGGGCCAUAAUUAUAGUUCUUCACACACUGCCUUCUCAUAGGAGGCCUUUUGUAAAUGUUUUAUUUCAUUUAAGGUGAGUAAAAUCAGAGUGGUAAAAGAUGAAAGUUAAUCUCAGUGUCCUUUUUCAGAGAAAUUGCUAGAAAGCAACAUAGUUAAGCAGAAAUUGUGCUUCACUGAGACAUCUGCAGCUUAACGCCUUGUGUCUUGUCUUCCCAUUUCAUUCUUCAUGACUGCUAUAGUUGGUUGUGUUUUGGACCACAGACGUAGCCAGGCCCUGAAAAUCUAAAUGUGACUACUACUCUGCCCUGCUUUUAAUGGAUUUACAGUCUAUUCAGGAAAGCAGGGAAGCAUAGUUUCAGGAUAAUUAAGUGAAUGAAGACAGCAAAACGAAUUGGGUGCUGGUUAACUGAUGGAAAUUUUAUGAAGGAAACUGCUUUUGUGGUCCCCAGCUUUAUGUGUACACACACGCAUGCACAUACUCACAUACACUCACACACACCAGGUUUUCUGAUGCUCCAGCCACACUGGAGGAAACAAGUGCAAAUCUGCCACUCUCAUGAAUUCAAGAUGAAUCCUGGCACAUAGUAGGAGUUCAAUUUUUUUCAAAGUUAAUUUUGAAUCUUUAUCACCCUGUCCAAUGCACUAACAGAACUCAAAUCCUACUACCCAUCUUUCUAUGUCCCAUUUUUAGAACCCUAACUUUUCAAAAAGAAAAGAAAAAAAAAAAACUCACCAAAUCAAAAGAGAGGAAGUGCUACGCAAAUACAGGAACCAAAAAGGGUUAUAGAGGCUGCUUCAUGCUGUUUCGUUCAGUUCCUUUGCAGUCCUCUUCAGCACAUGCUAAAACAGUUCCUCACAACCUGUGGGACCAGCGCAUCUUGGGUGCGUGACAAUGGAAGAGUUAGAUGCCUUAUUGGAGGAACUGGAACGCUCCACUCUCCAGGACAGUGAUGAAUCCUCCAGCCCAGCUCCUCUUUCCCUGGAUCAGCAUUCCAGAAAGGAGACUGACCUUGCUGAGACUUCAGGUGUCCCUUCUGUUCAGAAUGAUACAAGUCCCUUGCUGGUACAGCUCGUGUAUACAACCCAUAUCCAGGAGCCCAAUAUCUACAGUGAGGUCCAAGAGCCAAACAAAGCACAGCUGCCUCCUAAAACCUCAGCAGCUGUCCAGCUGGAUGAGCUUAUGGCCCAUCUGUGUGACAUGCAAACCCAGGUUGCAGCGAAAGCAGAUGCCAGCAAGAAGCACUUAGCAAACAAGCAGGAUCAGAAAGCCUCCCUGGACUCAAUGCUGGGGGGUUUGGAGCAGGACCUGCAGGACCUUGGAAUUGCCACAGUGCCCAAGGGCCACUGUGCUUCCUGUCAGAAGCCGAUUGCUGGCAAGGCGAUCCAUGCUCUGGGGCAAGCGUGGCACCCGGAGCACUUCGUCUGCGCUCACUGCAAAGAGGAGAUUGGCUGCAGCCCCUUCUUCGAGCGCAGUGGCUUGGCCUACUGCCCCAAGGACUACCACCACCUUUUCUCCCCGCGCUGUGCUUACUGCGCUGCUCCCAUCCUGGACAAAGUGCUGACGGCAAUGAACCAGACCUGGCAUCCGGAGCACUUCUUCUGCUCGCACUGCGGAGAGGUGUUCGGGGCGGAAGGCUUUCACGAGAAGGACAAGAAGCCGUACUGCCGGAAGGAUUUCUUAGCCAUGUUCUCACCCAAGUGUGGUGGCUGCAACCGCCCAGUGUUGGAAAACUACCUUUCAGCCAUGGACACCGUCUGGCACCCGGAAUGCUUUGUUUGUGGGGACUGCUUCAGCAGUUUUUCUGCUGGAUCCUUCUUUGAACUGGACGGACGUCCCUACUGUGAGCUGCAUUACCACCAGCGCCAAGGAACACUGUGCCGCGGGUGCGGGCAGCCCAUCACCGGCCGCUGCAUCAGUGCCAUGGGCCACAAGUUCCAUCCUGAGCACUUUGUCUGUGCUUUCUGCCUGACACAGUUGUCAAAGGGCGUCUUCAGGGAGCAGGAUGACAAGACCUACUGUCAACCCUGCUUCCACAAACUCUUCCCACUGUAAUCUCAGCUGACCCCACGGUCCCCGCAGAUGCCCUGUAAAGUUUAAACCGGGAGAGCGAAGAGUACUCUGUUAUUACCGCUCUUCUCAGUGGGCAUAGAGAGAAAGUAAAUAGAUCUAGAAAGAACCUUCUAGAUGUUACAUGGCUAGGCUUGCAGUCUUAGGUUUUAGAUUUCUAGUCUUUUUUUUUUUUUUUUUUUUUAAAUCGGUACUUGGAUCUAGAUCUAGGUCCUGCUGUUAGUGCCUCUGCAGAUGCGUCUUCCACACGCACACAUUUGUUUCACUGCUGGUUUUCUCCCAUUUUCACCCCGGGGACGACCCUGCCCAUGUCUUCUCUCCUGUGGCCCUCAUAACUGGGCCCUUUCACACCUCCCUGGUUUCCCUCUGGGACUCACUUUCCUUCGACCACUGCAUUAUCCUUGCUGUCAGCAGUCCUGAGGCCCCUCCCAAGUUCCCUCCAUCUCUCUUCAGUAUAUUUCUCUUUUUCAAGAGGAUGUCGGUUUUAACUGGACUACUUUGAGUACCAACAUCACUGAUAAAUAAAACGGCUUUUAGUUUUAA